GCUGGAGCGAGUAGUCGUGAUGAGGAUCAUAAUCAGCUAACUUGCUACGCUAGGGAUGUCGGUGUUGAUAAUUAUCUCGAUCCGGAUAGUAUUCCACUCCCAUGGUGAUGAUCAAAGCGGUGACCUCGAUGCUGUGAACCUGUUGGCCUCUGAUUGCUGUGGUCUUGAUCCUGGUAACCAUUUGGCUCUUGAGCUCGGUGGAUUUCUCGUCUGAGAUCCUUGAUCCGUUUCACGAUGGUGGUGCUGGUCUGUUCGUUAUCAUUCUCCCCAGCAGUAUGCUUACUUAAAUGCUGUCAGAAUAGAUUGGUGCUAUCUUGACGGUGAUGCAGCUGCAGUCGCAGUCGAAUGCAAUUCAAGAAAAAUGCGAAUGCUAAGCACAUGGAGAUACCCAGUCUGAUAUUUGUUCCACAGUUCGGGACUGUUUCAUCUCAUAUGGAAUUCUUUUGACUAUCUCACGUUUACAUGCUUAUUCCACACAUGAUUGGAGUCUGCUCUUGCU